AAAUCUUUGGGAUGAUGAUUUUCUGAUCACGAGUUUAAUUCCACAACUUCGUGCUGAAACUAUUCACCUUAAAAGCAAUCCUGCACCACCAUAUACAGUAUGUGGUGCAUUUCUUCAUAGGCGAUCAGGUAACAAACGCGUUUAUAAAUGCAAAUUAUGUCAACAUCCACAAAGUGCUACACAACUUUAUUCAUUCUAUGAGAUUCGAUUACAUUUGGUAAGAAGCUCUCAUAAUGUUCGUGUAAUUGAAGAUAAUAUGAUUGAAGUUGUUUCUGAGGUUUUUGAUAAUGCGGAAAUUGCUCAAGAAUUUCCAAGAAAUAAACCAGAAAUCUUUUUUGCGGCAG